AUGGCAGUCAAAGCUCGCAAAUCCGUGCCAAGUUUCUUGAAACCAAAAAAAGGCUUCCUUCGAUGGUGCAGUUGCAUUGCUACGUUUAGCAAGCAACAUUUGAAUUUUUAUCGAAUUCAUCUAUUGGUAUUCACCUUCACACCUUUGAUCUUUGCUGGAAUCUUUUAUGCUUCAAAUACGAACCAGAUUGCAUUCAUCGAUUGUUUGUUCCUUUGCGUUUCUGCGAUGACUGUUACAGGAUUAGCAACGAUUAACGUUAGCACUUCGACAGCAUGGCAACAAGCUAUCCUAUUCUUUUUGAUGGCUAUCGGCAAUAUCACCGCUGUUUCCGUCACGAUGAUCUGGAUCAGAAGACACUUUUUUCGUGUCAAAUUUGAUACGAUUAUCAGAAGGAGCGCAAAAGCUCGUCAACGAAUGAACGAUGUUGAAUUUGCACAUCAAAAGCAAAAGCGAAAAGAACUGAUCAGGUUGCAAAGGCUGCUUGGGUUGAGAAAGAGAGGCAAUGAUACCGCAAACGAAGAGGAGGUCGAUCUGCAGCAUUUACACAAUAAAGCAAAUAAAAGGAACAAAUUAACUCCUCGCACAGCUCGAAAGAAGGAACGUCAGCGUAAGAAACAACAAGGUCCUUUACGUGCAGAUAUGAUCAGAAGAAUGGAUCAACCUGCCGUUCUUAUCAAUCCUAUGGGAGCGAUUUCGCAUAAAAUUGGUGAACCGGAAAGGGGAACGGAAACGGGAAUUGAUGCAUCAAAUGGCGGCAACGGUGGCGGUAUCUUAAAUACAAACGGAAGCGGAGAUGACAAUGGUAUCACGGAUGGUGAAGCGAGUGUAAAUGUACCAAAUAUACGCAUUGCAGAACCCAGCCUUUCACCUGCGCAUUUACGUCGAGCUUCAAUCAUCGAUUCCUCUCAAACUCAACAAUCGCCAUCUGGACGACAAUCUCCCGAAAGUUUGAUCGAAGAAGAGGGAGAAAGGAUGCACUCCGAUAUUCGAUCGAGGAAUGGAGAGGAUGAUGUGCCUCUCGAGUCAAGCGGCGGAGCAAGUAGCCCAAAGAAUACGCCAAAUAGUGCUGAUGCAAUACGAUCACAAAUGCGAACCAGAUUCGCUGACAAUCAUCAAAAUGCUGACAUUCUGCAACGUUCACGAGGGGAGUCCGAUCCACCUUUACCGUUGCACUACGUCCAUCACCGUCAUGGAUCAGAAAUUCAUUCUACUAGACCAACUCAUUUACGAACGGAUAUGUUUCCUCGCGCUCAAACGAUCGAAUUUGCUGAACCUCCUUUGCAACCACAUGCCCAUUCCUCAAGUAGUGCAGCAGCAAGAUCAAGUUCCAUCGCCAAUCCGCUUAGCCCUAAUAAUCAUUCGUUCGGUAGUAAUGAUCAUACAUUGCGCUAUCGUACUCCGACUAUCGGUAACGAAUUCGAACGUACACCUACUAUGAUCACUCAACGGUCAGGUACAUACGGCGGUCAACGAAGAAUAGGCGCAAACGGGAUUCCAAUCACACGAACGCAUACUAGCUCGAAAGAGAGAGGUUUUGGAGGUUUUCCAACACCGAUCGAAUUAGCAGGAGCAGCAAUCAAACGUGCUCUGCCACAGGUGCAAGAACGAUUCAAACGGUCUACAACUAUCCCACGAACAGCAACUUUUAUUUCCGUUCAGUCGAUGGGCGAAAGUGGCUUGGAUGGUGGUAUAACAAGGUCGGCGCCUUAUCUCACUUUUGACGCCACCGUUUCUCGAAAUUCACGUUUUCAUCAAUUGACCGAAGCUCAACGUGAUGAGUUGGGUGGCGUAGAGUAUCGUGCGAUCGAUAUGUUGGCAAAGCUACUUCCGAUCUAUUGGUUCGGGGUGAACAUUUUUAUGAUCAUCUUAGUCGCACCAUGGCUAGCAAGCAGCGGAGCCCAAAAGGUACAUGAUGUUAUCGCUUCACAAGGUGUUAAUGCGCCAAAUACCACCUGGUUUUGGUUCUUUCAAGUGAUCUCAGCGUACAGCAAUACCGGACUGUCUUUGAUUGAUACAAGUAUGAUAAAUUUGAACGAUCAAUAUCUCAUGUUGAUCCCAAUCGCAAUUUUGAUCUUGUUCGGCAAUACAGCAUUUCCGAUCGUACUACGAUUUAUGAUUUGGAUCUUAUCUCUAUGCGUUCCGAAAAAAAGUAGAACAUACGAAACUUUACGAUUUUUACUGGAUCAUCCAAGAAGAUGUUUCGUUUACCUCUUUCCUUCUGCGCAAACUUGGUUUUUGUUUGCCAUCUUGUUGGUUCUCAAUUGUUUUGAUUGGAUUAUGUUUCAAGUUUUGGAUUUGGGUAAUGAAACAAUUGAAGCAUGGACCGUUGGCGUUCGGAUCUUUGAUGGAUUAUUUCAAUCUAUCGCAGUCCGUGCAGCUGGAUUUCAAAUUAUCAGUUUAUUACAAUUAGCACCUGCGGUUCAGUUUUUAUACAUCAUCAUGAUGUAUAUUUCAGCUUAUCCUGUUGCGAUGUCAGUUCGAAAUACGAACGUGUACGAGGAAAGAUCUUUGGGUAUCUUUAACGAAUCUGUACCGGGCGAGCAAGAUGAGCCUGAAAUGGGCGGACCUCGUGUUUGGGGAACAUAUCUUGCUGCACAUGCACGUCGUCAAUUGGCAUUUGACAUGUGGUGGUUAGGAUUUGCACUUUGGCUGGUUUGCAUCAUUGAAAGGGAAAACAUUCAAGACCCUACAACCGAUGGAUGGUUUACCGUCUUUUCGUGCUUGUUCGAAUUAACGUCCGCUUAUGGUACUGUUGGUUUGAGUACCGGAACACCGGUUGAUGAUUUCAGCUUAUCAGGUCGCUUCCAUACACUGUCAAAAUUGGUGGUGAUUGCGGUAAUGUUGCGCGGUCGUCAUCGCGGUUUACCAGUAGCAAUCGAUCGAGCUGUCUUACUUCCAAAUGAACUGGAAGUCGAAGAUGAUGCGCAAGAGCGUGCUUACACGAUCGAUGAGGACGGCUUUAUUCAGACUAGAUCUUCUUAUCAUUUUGGAAAUGAUGACAAUCCUGUGCGCCCCGUUCAACAUACAUGA